CGUUCUUAUAGGCUUGUUUAUAGCUGAAUUUAUUAUAAUAAUAACGAUAACGUUUAUUUUAUAGUAUUUAUUAACUUAAGACAUACAUUAUUCAGUAUUAAAUAGUUGUUGCGUAUAGAACGCUUUGGUGCCACCGUUCCUUCUUCUGUAUGUUUGUGUUUGCAUUGAGAGAGGGAAGAUACAGAAGGAAGAGACUUUUUUUCUCUUUUUCUGGGAUUUUGAAAGAUGGGUUCUUCAACACUGUUACUGUUAGUGGUUUUUGUGUUUGAUCUGGUUGCUUUUGCUCUUGCUGUUGCUGCUGAACAGAGAAGGAAUACCGCAAAAAUUGAAAAAGUGGGAAAUGAUAGCUAUUGUCGUUAUGAUUCAGACAUUGCAACUGGAUUAGGAGUCGGUUCACUCCUCCUCCUUAUGGCUAGUCAACUCCUAAUAAUGGUAGCUAGUCGAUGUUUGUGUUGUGGGAAGGCUAUGAGACCUAGUGGUUCUAGAGCAUGGGCGAUCGUCCUGUUUAUCACUUGUUGGGUAUUCUUCUUUAUUGCUGAGAUCUGCUUGCUAGUGGCUUCUGUUCGUAAUGGUUACCACACCAAGUACUUAUCAGAUCCUUCUCACUCUUGCCAGAAAGUGAGAAAGGGAAUUUUUGGAGCUGGAGCUGCAUUUGUUGUUCUGACAGGCAUAGUAUCUGAGCUUUACUAUGUUAGCUAUUCCAAGGCUAAUGAUGAACAACCUUCUUAUGACAGAGACACUGGUAUAAGAAUGGGGAAUCUAUAACCUGAGCUGAUUUGGAUUGAGGAGGAAGAAAGUAUUGAGUCUGUAACCCAGUUUAGUUGAUCUGCAUAUCGUGAUUGUGAUCUUGUUUUAUAUUGCAUAGGUCUCUUAUUAGUCUGUAAUUAAUACUGCUCUUGUUCAUCAUUUUUUAGCCUUUUGAUACCCUAGGAUUUACCAUCUAUAUUUCAAAGAAAGAGCUGAAAGGUUGCAACCAGAGCUUCGCUUCAACCAGUUAAAAUUGUCAUAGGCCUAUAUAUUUGAACUGGAUUUGAUAGUGUUUCUUGGAGAUCAUGUAUAUUUUCCCUUCAUUGUAUGACACUUACUGGUCAUAUACCAGAAAUCAGCA